AUGUCCCUGGCAGCCUCGGCGGGCCGGGGCCCCGGGGCCGUGUGGUCCCCGACGCACGUGCAGGUGACGGUACUGCAGGCGCGGGGCUUGAGGGCCAAGGGUCCCGGAGGCACGAGCGACGCGUACGCGGUGAUCCAGGUGGGCAAGGAGAAGUACGCCACCUCGGUGUCGGAGCGCAGCCUGGGCGCGCCUGUGUGGCGCGAGGAGGCCACCUUCGAGCUGCCGCCGCUGCUGUCGGCCGAGGCCGCGCCCGCCGCCGCCGCCACCCUGCAGCUCACCGUGCUGCACCGCGCGCUGCUCGGGCUCGACAAGUUCCUGGGCCGCGCCGAGGUGGACCUGCGGAGGCUGCACCAGGAUCAGGGCCGCCGGAGGACCCAGUGGUACACCUUGAAAUCCAAACCGGGGAAGAAGGAUAAAGAGCGAGGAGAAAUUGAGGUUGACAUCCAGUUUAUGAGAAACAAUAUGACAGCAAGCAUGUUUGACCUUUCCAUGAAAGACAAGUCUCGGAACCCGUUUGGGAAACUGAAGGACAAGAUCAAGGGCAAGAAUAAGGACAGCGUGUCCGAUACGGUGUCAGCCAUCGUCCCCCGCGUGACGCCCUCGGCUGACAGCGAUGACGAGUCUCCUUCCAAAGACAAGAAGAAGAAGUCAAAGAUCAAGACCUUGUUUUCCAAGCCCAACCUGCAGAGAACGCCACUUUCCCAGUCCAUGUCCGUCCUGCCGACCUCAAAGUCAGACAAAGUGGUGCUUCGUCCUGGAGACUUUGAGUCCCGGUGGGAGGACGAUGACGGGGACGAGUCUUCCUCUGCCUCGGAUGUCUUGUCUCACAAGAGGACAGCAAGCGCAGAUCCUAAGCAGCUGAACCAGGUCAACUUCAGCCCCCCCAGGAAGGAAGGCCUCUCCUUCCUGGGCGGCCUCCGAUCUAAGAACGACGUCCUCUCCCGCUCGAACGUCUGUAUCAACGGGAACCACGUCUACGCGGAGCCGCCCGAGGCCAAGAGCGAGACCAAGGACAGCUCCCCGUCGCCCUCCCCGUCCCCCCAAGGCCUCAGGAAGAAGCGGUGGUUCUCGUCUUCGGAAAACCUGGCCUCUCGGCCUUGGAAGGAGCCUGGGGAAGCAGGCGCUGUGCCUCCUGAGUCUUCCGCAAAGGAUGCCCUCAAGUCUAUGUCCCUGCCGUCCUCCCAGCCGCAGGUCAGCAGGGACCUUUGGGAGGACGCGCCCCUGGUGACCUUGGAGGCUGCAAAGGAAACCAAAGAGAGCAAGAAACAGGAGAACAAGAAGUCUGCUCUGCUCUUCAAGGUGCCGGGAAAGAAGGAUCCGGCCAAGGGCAGCGAGGGUGAAAGCCCUCCCGCCUCCGCCUCCGGGAAGGAGAGAGAGGGAGAGCCUCCCGCGCUCAGGGCCGGGGAGCACCAGCCAGGGCCUGCUGAUGACCUUGCGAAGAGAUCGGACAAAGAGGCCGCGGCUAUUGCCUCCAGACCGGGCCGAGCGCCGAACCCCUUUGGAGAUGGGCCGCUCCCAGAACCAGAAGCUGACCCAGAGCCCAAGGCUGCUCCUGUCCCACCUGUUCUCUCGCCCAGGGCUCCCCAGACCAGAGCCGUGAAACCCCGGCCGGAAGUGUCUCCAGAGGCUCGGCCCGCACCCAGGCCCCCUCCUUCCACUAACUCUCCCCUCUUUCUUUCUGCUCUCCCUUCCAGUUCUGGGCAGAUACCUGUCCCUUCUAAGCCGGGGUGUGACUCAGAGACACCGUCUUCUGAGUCCCCUUCAGGCUGCUCCUCUGUCUCCUCUCCCAUAGCGGCCCCCAUCUCCACAUCCACCCCAAUUAAGAACUGGCCCUCUGCAGACCUGGGCCAGGCCGGCUCCAAAGAACUGCCUUUGCUCUUGGAACUAGAGCUGGAAAAGGAGACUUGGACACGAGUUCCAAAUACUGAUCCCCACGCCGCAGGCUCGCUUUCCAAGCAGACACCCGUUCCGGUGACUGGAGGGAGGGAAGACUCUUCACCAGGCAAGACCAGUACUAAUGAUCCGGCACAGUCUCUCCGGACACAGCCUGAAGAGGGGCAAGAAGGAGGGCUUCUGGGGUCUCCCCGGCAAGAACGACAAGGCAGUAUUGCUUCAUCUGACAAGGCCCGAGAAGUAGCAUCUGCCCUUGCGCCCAGGAGAGGCAGCCCCCCUGGAAAACUCCCAAGCGGGGAGGGCCUAGACUCUGCGGGGGACGAAGGCGGGGGUGGCAGGCUGAGUCCUGCAGUUAAAGAAACGGUGCUCCCCCUCCACACGGGGGAGUUGGCCCCCACACCCGACUCCGCGAUGACCCAGGGACAUGAAGAGAUGGGUCUGGAUGCCCGUGACGGCGGAAAGGAUAGCAAGAAGCAGGCAUUGUUUUCCAAGCAGCUCUCCGCCGGAGAGGCGGGGGAGGAGGCCCCCAGGCUGGUCCACGGGGACAGAGGGGCCCCCCAGGAGCCAACACCACCAGGGGCUGCUCCCAGGAACGUGAUGGACGCGGGAGACUCCCAGGAGGGGGCGGCCACGACCGGACCACGGACCCUGGCAGCUCGCGCUCCCCGCUCCUCCUCCAAGGGGAGCUUCUCCGGGGGUCCCCAGCGGGCGACUGGCUCAGGGAGGGACGGUCCCCUCUUCAGGAGUCAGGGAGACGACACCCGGAUGGCAUGGAACCAGAGCAAAGCCAGUGACCACGAGGGCCUGCUGUCCGACCCCCUGCGGGGCCUCCAGGCCCCCUUCGAGGCCAAGUCCCCGGGCGCGGCCCACCUGGACCUGACCCUGCCCUCCAUCCCCGAGGUCGAGUCUGACGACGAGAGAGGCGAUCAGCCCGAAGACGGCGGAGGGGUGGCCCUGGUGGCAGGCCAGGGAGGAGGGGCUCCGUCCUCCAGCGCGGGGCCUGUCCAGCCUGAGACGGACAGGGCAUCCAGUGAGGAGGCCAGCAGACCAGAAGAAAGCCUGCGUGACCCCAAGCUGGGAGCACCUGGAGCAUCCAGAGCACCGGCCCCGGCUUCUGCAGAACAGACACCUGGUGACGGCGGGGAGGCAGGAACGGCGGGAGAUGGGAGCCUGCCUCGGCCUCCGUCCGCUGCCCUGGGGUCCCCUGUGUCCAGCUCUCCCUCCCCUCCCCCGCUUCCUGCCACACGCUCCUUCCCCCGCUCUGCACACUCUGACACCCCCCACACCAAUACAGCAGAAUCUCAAAAAAAAGCAACAGCCGAGGGCUCCGCGGGUAACGUGGAAAAUCCCGGCAAGAGGAAGCCGCUUCUUCAGGCCCGGGUCUCCCCCUCAGAGACACAGCCGAGCGCUGGAAGCAGGCCGGCCAAGCACAGACUUCAUCCCGUGAAGCCCAUGAACACGACAGCCCCCAAGGUCACUAACUCCACCUCGGGAACUGCCGCGAUCAUGAGUGAGAACUUGAUCAACGAAGCCGGGAUGAAGAAAUACAAGCCCUCGGACCCCGCGUUUGCCUACGCGCAGCUGACCCACGACGAGCUCAUUCAGCUGGUCCUCAAACAGAAGGAAACGAUCAGCAAGAAGGAAUGUCAGGUGCGCCAACUGGAAGACUACAUCGACAACCUGCUGGUCAGGGUCAUGGAGGAGACACCGAACAUCCUCCGGGUUCCCUCUCAGGUCGGCAAAAAAGCAGGAAAGAUGUGA